AUGCUUAAUCUCUGGAAGCUCAAGCUAGUUUUCAAUGCCAUCCCCUCUUUUGAAAAAGAUGGUACUGCACUCAUCAGCAUCGAGCAUAUGCCAGGCCUUAAAGAGAUCUCCACAAAUUUUGGGGGUGAAGCUCCUGAUCUAGAGUAUGCCUUGAGGACAUUGGUUAGUAAUCACCCGACCAAUCCUAUAAUUAACAUGCCAUCAAAUAAGACUCUGGGGGGAGAACAACCACAUAGGAAUCUGGAGCAAGAAUUAGAUGAGAUUCUGAAGGAAGAUCCAUAUGGGAAUCUGGAGCAAGAAUCGGAUGAAAUUCUGGAGGAACAAGAGCCAGAUGAAUACGAUGAGAGAUUAGAGAGGCGACAGGCUGAUAAAAGGAUUUCAAGGUCAUCAGAUCCAUCUUCGCGUCUACAUGUUCCAGGUAUAUUUUCUGUCAACUGGUGGUAA